AUGCUCAAAAUAGCAUGGAGACAAUCCCCGGUUACGGUACUGCGCUUUUUGUCCAAAUCUGUUAUCAUUAUUGGUUGUGCAAAUGAAAUUCGGCUAUUUGAUUUAACCAGAAAUUGCGUAGUCGGUUCAUGGAACUUCCACGAAUAUGUCACCGUGCACCAUGUAACUACAGCUGAAGAUUCAAACACUGGCCGUUUCCUUGUUGCCGUGGCUGGGAACCGAUUUUAUGCGGGUGCCUAUCUGUCUUGCAGAUCUAAAUCAACCUGGAAUUUCUCGGUCUUAUUUGAAUGUUAUAGAUCGGAUAAUAUUGUCGGUUGUCGGAUUGUUGCUCACCAGUCCCUCUCUUGGUUUUGUUUCACUUCUGCUCAUGGUCGAACAAUCAUCACGUGCUUACCGAUUAUCACAAACAAUGAAACCUUUUGUGAGCCACGUGCAAUCGCAAACCACGCUUUGAACGGUUCCGCNGCUUGUUAUUGUGGUGUGGUCGAAUGUCGAGCACUCUCGGCUGGACUAAGCACUAUCAGCUUUUUCGGUGCCACAUUCGGUCAGAUUCUGAUUCGAGUGAAUGAAUUCCAUCUCACUCCUGAUGGUCAAAUUGUACAUAGCAGUCAUUCUGAAUUGGAUACACUACAUUGCCAAAAGGGAGUUAUUUUCUCACUCAGUCUGUGCGCAGUGAACAAGGCACGUGAUCGUUUCCAUUUGGUCUCGGCCGCCGAGGAUCGUAGUAUUGCUGUGUGGACCAAGGUACUGGGAACGGACAGCGAUAUAACCAAGUGUCGGAAUUCCUGGGAAUUGUUAUACCGUUUGGACGGCGGAAGCAUGACCAAGGAUGUUUUAUUCGAGUCUCGGAUUCGAAUGGUGGUUGCAUCGAAACACGGUGCUCUGGCAGUUGGAGAGGUAAGCGUUUGUGUAUUAUCGUUGAUAAUAAUAAUAAUAAUUUCUUUUUUACUUCCUUUUUUAUUUACUGAACAUACGAAUGUACAGCAAACAUUCAGGAAGGGAGGCUGCGGCCAUACAAAGGCUGCCUGGGAAGACGGGCGGAGGUGGAGCGGUUCGAACCCGGGACUCAGGUCACAAUUUGGUGAACUCACCACUUGGCCACUGCCCUCAUGGUGA